UUUAAAAAGUAAUCUCCUUUAAUAAAAUUUUUUUUUUUUAAAAAAAGUAAAAUUAACAACCUUAUUCGUACAUUUUCUCAAUUUUAAUCGGAGCAGUUCCAUGCUAGUCAAAAUCUCUGAAACCCUCAUUGCCUCCAGAUCUCUAAAUUCCAACAACUUCAGAGGACAAAUUCCACCAUCUAUUGGUAAUCUCUCGAAUCUAUACUGGCUGGAUUUGACUGACAACCAAAUAGAGGGACCAAUUCCCGUGUCAAAUGAAACUACGCCUGGCCUUGACAUGUUGGUCAAUACCAAGCAUUUUCAUUUGGGACAGAAUCAACUUUCAGGCGAAAUCCCGGAGCAAAUUUUCAGCUCAAACAUGACUCUGAUAUAUGUGUUAUUUGACAGCAAUAAACUCACCGGUCCUAUCCCUUCAACCCUUGGGCUUGUGCAAUCUUUACUGGUGAUACGUUUUGAUAACAAUUUCUUAGGUGGGAAUGUUCCGUCAAAUCUCAACAAUCUCACGAGUCUUCAAGAAUUGUAUUUGUCUAACAAUAACCUGAAUGGCCCUUUACCCUCCCUUACUGGCAUGAGUGAUCUCAACAACUUGGACUUGAGUAAUAAUCCAUUCAGUACCUCUGUGAUUCCUACAUGGGUUUCAUCUUUGUCAUCUUUAACAACACUAGGGAUGGAAAGCACUCAACUUCAAGGUGAAGUUCCUGUCAACCUUUUCAGCCUUCCAAAUUUGCAGACUGUGUGCGUAUCAGCUUCACCUCAUGCAAUACCAUUCCUUGUCCAAGAUGUUCACAACUCUGGUAAGGGAUUUAGUAACCAAUUGCGCCGCAUAGACUUGCAAAAGAAUCUGAUUAGUGAGUUCAAUGGAACAGAAGGAUAUGACAUUCAGAUAAUACUUGCUGAUAACCCAAUUUGUGAAGAGACAGGCGCAACAAAAACUUACUGUGUAGUUCCAAAAUCAAUUUCCACUUACUUGUAUACUACCCCUACCAACAACUGCCUACCUGCUACAUGCAGUUCAGACCAGACAUCUCUGAUGCAGUUCUUCCAAUCCAACAAUCUUCUUGUUGAUUCGGUUUCACUAUGUAAUCCAAGAAUAGAUCCUUCUAGAUAUUUUCUAUUGAACCUUAGUAUCUUUCCAUAUGGCCAAGAUAGUUUCAAUCGAACAGGGGUUUCUACAAUUGCAUUUAUAUUUAGCAACCAAUCUUACCAGGCACCAUCUAAUCUUUAUGGACCUUAUUUUUUCGUUGGUGAUGCUUACAACCACUUUUCAGAUGCUCCAAACUCCCCAAAAUCAACUAUUGGCAUCAUUAUUGGAGCAGCUGUUGGUGGUUCUGUGCUUUUGCUACUUUCACUGCUUGCUGGGGUUUACGUUUUUCGUCAAAAGAAGAAGGCAGAAAGAGCAAGCCUAGAGAGCAACCCCUUUGCACACUGGGAUGUUAAGAAAAGCAACGGAAGCAUUCCUCAGUUAAAAGGUGCAAGAUGUUUCUCUUUUGAGGAGCUUAAGAAAUAUACAAAUAACUUUUUAGAGGCCAAUGAUAUUGGAUCUGGGGGUUAUGGAAAGGUUUAUAGGGGAACUCUUCCCAAUGGAGAGCUGGUUGUGAUCAAACGAGCCCAGCAAGGAUCAAUCCAGGGUGGGCUGGAAUUCAAAACAAUGAUUGAACUUCUAUCUAGAGUCCAUCAUAAGAAUGUUGUCGGUCUACUAGGAUUUUGUUUUGAGCGAGGUGAACAAAUGCUAAUAUAUGAAUAUGUUCCAAAUGGCUCUUUGUAUGAAACUCUAUCAGGAAAGUCAGGAAUCAAACUGGAUUGGACCAAACGACUCAAAAUAGCCCUUGGUGCAGCUAGAGGCCUGGCAUAUCUGCAUGAACUUGCCAAUCAUCCCAUCAUACAUAGGGACAUUAAAUCGACUAACAUAUUAUUGGAUCAGUGCCUCACUGCUAAAGUUGCUGAUUUUGGUCUUUCCAAGCCUAUAAGUGACAGUGAAAAAGGUCAUGUUACCACUCAAGUCAAAGGGACAAUGGGUUACUUGGAUCCUGAAUAUUAUAUCACCCAGCAGCUAACUGAGAAGAGUGAUGUUUACAGUUUUGGGGUGCUUUUGUUGGAGCUGGUAACUGGAAGAAGACCAAUAGAGGGAGGGAAGUAUAUUGUAAUAGAGGUGAGAAUGGCACUGGAUAAGACAAAAGACUUGUAUAGUCUUCAUCCAAUUCUUGACCCAGCCAUUGUGGAUACAAGCCUGAAAGGUUUAGAAAAGUUUGUGGACCUAGCAAUGAGCUGUGUGGAAGAAUCAGGAGCUGGCAGGCCUACAAUGGGUGAAGUGGUAAAAGAGAUUGAAAGCAUCAUGCAGAUUGCCGGCAUGGCUCCUAAUUUUAAGUCAGCCACAAGUUCGUCAAGUUAUGAGGAGGCAUCCGAGGGGAAUACCCUCCAUCCAUAUAACAAUGUCUCCUUUGCUCAUUGUACUACAUUUCCAGCUUCGAAGACCGCCUUCACUACAAAGAACCUUUUCAGUGACAAAAACAGUCAUAGGGAACUCCCGGAGACUGCAGAGGAGGCUAAACACCGAGCUGAGGUUAUUAGGCUGAGGGAGCUUACACUUAAGGGGCAUGUUGAAUCAGUCGUUAAACUGAAGGGACUUGACAUUGAUAUGGCAACCUUUGAUGCAUCCACAAUAGAGAAUUUUCUGCAAGGGUGGGACAAGGAGAAGCCGGUGAGAUACACUGGUCAGCAGUUGGAUGACUUUACAAGCAAUUACUCGAAAAGGUUGGGAUCUGGAGCAUAUGGGGAUGUUUAUGAAGGGCGGUUUCCAAAUGGAGUCAAGAUUGCAGUGAAGUUGCUCAAGGAGAAAUAUGAGGGAGCAGCAAAAAAACAGUUCAUGGCAGAGGUAGGCACAAUUGGAAUAACAUACCAUAUUAAUUUGGUUAGACUUUAUGGUUUCUGCUAUGAUAGAAAUACAAGUGCACUUGUAUAUGAAUUCAUGGAAAAUGGAUCGCUUGAUAAUUGUUUGUUUGCAAAGGAGGAGAUGAUUGAGUGGGAAAAAUUACAUGUAAUAGCGGUGGGGACAGCCAAAGGAAUUGCUUAUCUGCACGAAGAAUGUCAACAGAGAAUUAUUCACUAUGAUAUAAAGCCAGCCAAUAUUCUACUUGAUUCCAACUUCCUACCUAAAGUUGCAGAUUUUGGGCUUGCAAAGCUCUGCAACAGGGACAAUACUCAUGAUUCAGUUACCGGAUUCAAAGGAACCCUUGGUUACUCUGCCCCAGAGUUUUUUCUGAGAAACCAUCCCAUAACUUACAAAUGUGAUGUGUAUAGUUUUGGAAUGUUGUUGUUUGAGAUAGUUGGGAGGAGGAAAAACAAGGUUAGCAAUUCCUCUGAAACCCUUGAUUGGUUUCCAAAGGUUGUGUUGGAUAAGUACCAGAAGGGUGAGUUGGUUGAGCUAAUAAAAAGUUAUGGGAUUAAAAAGGAGGAUAUGGAAAGGGCAGAGAGAAUGUCAGUAGUGGCAUUGUGGUGUGUUCAAGACUCACCAGGAGCUAGGCCACCAAUGAGUGCUGUGGUGAAGAUGCUGGAAGGAGGAGUGGAGAUCAUGCCACCUCCUAAACCCACUCAUUUACUGUUCUCAUCGUGGGGGACAAGUGCAGUCAAGCCACCAAAUGCUACCAAUGGCUCGAGUUCCUCCUCGAGUGAAGAAUCCACUUCUUAUUGGUAUAAAGAGACCACUUCAAUCAUGGCCAAGCAUGAAAUAGAAGUGGCCAGUAGUUAACAAGACUAAAAUCUAGUUUCAUAC